ACUGUGAUAGUUUUGUUUAGUCUUGGUUAUCGCUGAAACACUAUACUUAAGUUAAAGUUGAAAUACUACGUUUUACAUAAAUUCUAAUACCACUACGGCUUUAGUUCUGUAUGGAUUGAAUUGAACGUCAAACUCUAUUUCAAUUUUCAAGCUUUUUAAAGAAGUACAUCAGAAAUGACGACUGCUGCUAGACCUACGUUUGAUCCUGCGAGAGGGGGUCAGGGACGCGGAGAAAAAGAUUUAAGUGCUAUUUCUCGUCAAUAUUCUAGUAGAGAUCUUCCAGGACACACAAAAUUAAAGUACAGAGAACAAGGUCAGGGCACAACUGAGGAACUGAGAUCUCGUGACUUUCGCAAGGAACUUGAUGAGAGGGAAAAAGAAACGAAGAUUGUCAAUAUUCGUAGACAGAAUGAGCCAGUAGUAAAAAGAGCUAAGAUUGACCAAGUUCCAGCAGCAAGCUUGGAUGCUGAUGAUCCAUUAGAAGGUGAUUCAUCAGAUUCAGAUGACUCUGAUGAUGAUACAGCAGCAUUGCUUGCAGAGCUGAACAAAAUCAAGAAGGAAAGAGCAUUGGAGCAAGCCAAAAAGGAAGCUGAAAAAAAACAAGAAGAAGAAAGGAUACGCAUGGAAAAUAUUUUAUCAGGAAAUCCUUUGUUAAAUUAUGCAGCCACUGGACAAAAAAAUGAUUUAAAGGUGAAACGACGAUGGGAUGACGAUGUAGUUUUCAAGAACUGUGCUCGUUCGGAACCUGAGAAGAAACCCAAUACUUUUAUUAAUGAUUCUUUGCGUUCUGAAUUUCAUAAGAAGUUUAUGGAAAAGUAUGUAAAGUAAAUUAUUUUUAGUAGUAGAUUAUUGUAAUUCAUGUCUUAAAUAUAAAAUAUUUUUAUUUAUUUUUUUAUU